AUGUUUAACACAUACCCCUCACAAAAUCUGGAGGACGAGGUUGCCGAAGAGAAAUACUUUGAACCCGUAAUAAUAAAUGCUGCAUUGAAUAGUAAGAAAAAGUCAAAGACAGGUUUUACGCCCGAUCGAUGGCGACCCAGACCUAUUCGAGAAAUGGAUCUAACAAUAAUGGUACCACCUAACCAGACAUUGGAUGAUCUCUUGGAAGAAGUAAGACGUGAUGCAGCAGAGAAAUCGACACCCACAGAUGAUGGUGCUGGUAUUUCCGCUGAUAUGUUUUUCAGUGCUUCGGGAUCUAAAGGUGCAGCAGCAUCCACUUCAGCAUCUGUAGACUUUCGAUCACCAAGUACAAGUUUUUUUGAAGAAAGUGUAGGCAAUGAAGAAGUGAUAGCUGGUCCUUCUGGCACGUUUCAUAUUCAGGAGCAACAACCACCACCUCAAGUGCAAGUAACUGAUCGGAGUUUUGGAUUCAGUGGUAUGACAAAUAAUCAAAUAGUUUCAAUUAAAAAGAAAUCUACAACAAAGAAACCACAGCCACCUGUGGAUACUAAUCAAAUACCCAUACCCGAAGAAGAGAUUGAAGAUUAUGGCAUUGUUGGGAGAUUAGGAAUGUUUAUUAGGCAUUUGUGGGGUUGGUAA